CGCCCAGAGACUGAAUCAGCUGAGAGCUGCUGCUCUUGAGGUGGAGCUUUUUGACCUUUAAUCAGACUUACUUGAGAUUUAUUACAUAUUUGAGGGCGUGUUUCUAUCAAUGCAUCGCUGAGCUUACGCUUUUGAAGGCAGAAAAAGAAAACUAGGUCUCUCAGAAGAAAUCAGUAUUGAUAAAGAGGGAAGGUUAUAUAAGCAGCGUUUUCGUCCUGCUGUGUACUUAGAGUGUGGCUAUAAAUCGCCACAUGACAUCAGAUGCCUUUUGUGCAUCUGAAGCAGUGUUUUUCUGUUCAACGGUUCGGUUGUUAAAGGCACAAACAGGAUGACUUUGAGAAAUCGGAUCUUCACUCUCAGCAGCUCUCCUCUCCCUGAUUCACUCCAGUCAGCGAUGUGGUUUCCUCUUAAUUAUGUAUGCGGCCUCUAUUUUUCAUAUGAAGUGUUCCCGUGUCGCGUGCUCUCCGUCUUCCUGACUUUGCGGCGUCUGUGUGGUCGGCUCAGUCCCAACAGCAAGUUUCCCCUUGUCUCGGUCUCUUUACCUCUCCUCGUGAAUGCUCAUGGCGAUGCGCACCUUCUGCAGUCUCGGUGACCUUCAGCGUGCAUUUCAUCUGCUCUGUCUUCUCAUCACCCGAGUCUGCUCUUGCAUACUGAUCGGGCAGUGAAGCAGCUUCAUUCCCCGGGUGUUGGGUGAUUCAUUUAGCUCGCUUCUUUUUAAAGCUGUCGUGCAAACGGUAGAGAAGAGGAUGGGAUUUGCACGAAAGAGUUGGACAGAGUGGGAGCGUAUGUGAAAAGCCCCAAAUGUCAAUGUGAUCAGAUGUGUUUUAGAGAGGAAAAGAGCAGAAGAGAGUGAGACUGCAGCCUCAGCUGAAUGCAGUGAAUCAGCUGCUCCCUCCUUGCUCAUCUCAUUUCUCUUCUGUCAGCCCCUCUUCCCCUGCACUCUCUUCCUCUCCCUCCCUCCCUCUCCCUCUCUCCGUACACCCCGUGCCUCGGUAGCAGUCCUGAGCAUCCUUGCUGCUGUUGCUGCUAUAAAUAUCUGAGGGGACCCGUAGAGCAGCAGAAGGGAGGAGCAGUGGACAGGACAUAGCGAAGAGAUCUGAGGUAUAGAGGACAACAAGACGAGGGCAUGUGAGCAAAAAAGCGGCGAAGAACAGGAGACUCGAUGAGUUAAAAGGAACAAUAGUGUCCUGCUGCUUCGGUUGGACUAAGUUGAAUCAAUAUUUGGACUCAACAGCGAAAGGCAACGGCAGGAUUUUACUUUCCCACGGUUUCCAAACCCCUUUUCAGACUCGAACCGAUUGAUUUGGUGCUGACAUGUGGGCCGGCACGGGCUGGGGAGGGGCUGAGAUGUCAUGCUCCUGUGUUGCUGGUGGUGCCUGAGGCCUGAGGCGGUGGAGCUGGACAGCAGGAGGGUGGACCACCGUGUUCUAACCUGCGAAGCCCCCACAUCCACCACCAUCACAACAGCAUCGUUUGGUCAGUGGGAGCCAGAGACGGCUACCGUUGCACUGCCUGCCUCCCAGAGUGUUAAGAACUCCAGCUAUAGUCUGCCCUCCUCAUACCCAACAUACAGCAACAGCUAUGACUACUCAGAACAGAGCAGGCAGAGUGAGCGCUCGGGCCUCUGUGGACUCUCCAACCUGGGAAACACCUGUUUUAUGAACUCUGCAGUGCAGUGUUUAAGCAAUAUCCCCCCUCUGACGGAGUACUUCCUCAAAGACAAGUACAGAGACGAGCUGAACGAGGACAACCCCCUCGGCAUGAAGGGAGAGAUCGCCAGAUCCUACGCUGAGCUUAUCAAGCAGCUCUGGUCGGGCAAAUACAGCUACGUCACCCCAAGACCCUUCAAGACCCAGGUGGGCCGCUUUGCCCCACAGUUCUCAGGCUACCAGCAGCAGGACUCCCAUGAGCUUCUGGCCUUCCUCCUGGACGGCCUUCACGAGGACUUGAACCGCAUCAGGAAGAAACCCUACAUCCAGCUCAAGGACGCGAACGGACGGCCGGAUAAGGUCGUGGCUGAGGAAGCCUGGGAGAACCACAUUAAGAGGAACGACUCCAUCAUCGUAGACAUCUUCCAUGGUCUCUUCAAGUCAACGUUGGUUUGCCCUGUGUGCUCCAAGGUCUCCGUGACCUUUGACCCGUUCUGCUACUUGACCCUACCACUGCCUAUGAAAAAGGAGCGGACACUGGAAGUGUACCUCAUUAGACUGGACCCCGUAGCUAAACCUACACAGUAUAAGCUGACCGUGCCAAAGGUGGGGUACAUCUCUGACCUGUGUACCUCCCUCUCCAGCCUGUCUGGUGUGCCUGCUGAGAAGAUGAUUGUAACUGACAUCUACAACCACCGUUUCCACCGGAUCUUUGCCACUAACGAAAACCUCAGCAGUAUCAUGGAGCGGGACGACAUUUACGUCUUUCAGGUGGCGGUGAACAGAGUAGAGGACACGGAUCACGUAGUAAUCCCGGUGCACUUGAGGGAAAAAUACAAGCAGUCGGGCUACAACCACACCAGUACGCCGCUGUUUGGACUUCCCUUCCUGAUUGCCGUCCCAAGAACUCUAAGCGAAGACAAACUCUACAACAUGCUCCUCUCUCGCCUCUGCCGGUUUGUGCGAUCUCCUGCAGAGGAAGACGAGGAGGACAGCGAAGAGACGCAACCAUCCACACAACACACUAUUAAUGGAAAUGCCACUAACGGACUGCUAGAGGAGGGCUCACCAAGUGAGAUGGAGACGGACGAGCAGGACGACGAGUCCAGCCAGGACCAGGAGCUGCCAUCGGAGAAUGAGAACAGCCAGUCCGAGGAUUCGGUGGGAGGCGACAUCGAGCUGGAGAACGGUGUGGUCGCGCCACAGAUCUCCACCAAAGGGCAGCAAAUGGCCGGGCACAACAGAAAAAGACUUUUCACAUUCCAGUUCAAUAACAUGGGCAAAACGGACUUCUCGCACAUCAAGGAGGACACCAAACUGAUCCGCUUUGAUGAGGGACAUUUCAGACUAAGUGACCGCUCGUAUCUGUCUUUGGACUGGGAACCAGAGAUCAAGAAAAAGUAUUUUGACGAGACUGUUGUUGAGGACUACGACAAGCACGAGAGCAUGGAGUACAAGCCUCAGAAGAAAGCUUUUUUCAAGCUGAAGGACUGCAUCGAGCUGUUCACUACGAAGGAGAAACUGGGAGCAGAAGAUCCCUGGUACUGUCCAAACUGCAAGCAGCACCAGCAGGCCACCAAGAAGCUGGACUUGUGGUCUCUGCCGCCUGUUCUCGUGGUCCAUCUGAAACGCUUCUCUUACAGUCGCUACAUGAGGGACAAGCUGGACUCGCUUGUGGACUUCCCACUCAGAGAUCUGGACAUGUCAGAGUUCCUGAUCAACCCCAACGCCGGGCCCUGUCGCUAUGACCUCAUCGCUGUGUCCAACCACUACGGCGGGAUGGGAGGCGGCCACUACACUGCUUAUGCUAAGAACAAAGACGAUGGAAAGUGGUACAACUUUGACGACAGCAGUGUGUCUCCUGCCAGCGAAGAUCAAACAGUGUCCAAAGCUGGCUAUGUGUUGUUCUACCAGCGCCAGGACACGGUCAAAGGCACUGGCUACUUUGCUCUCGACUGCGAGGAGGAGGAGGAGGAGGAAGGCGGGGAGGAUGAGGAGAACGAAGCUGAAGAGCUGCUAGAAAGAAGGACUGUCUCAUCUUCUCAGGGAGCCUGCGCCGCCGCACAAAGCGACGAUGAGGAGCCAGUCGAGAACAAGAGCAGGAAAAAUGACAUCAACCAGAAGGAUGAAGAGGAGGAGGAGGAGGAACAGGAAUCUAAUCAAGACAUUACCAUGAAAAUCAACUGAGGUAAAUGGUACAGGAACAAGAGGAGAGAAAGAAAGGGACGUGUCCAUCAAUAAGCCAUAUGGACGCACGGCUUGGCAGCGGGCGCCACCCCUCCUGCCCAGCAGCAAGGACUGAGCCUUAAGAUGGGCGGAGCCGCCGCUGGGACGACUGUUCGGGCUGGAGAGCUACCUUGGUACGCAACUCUAAUAAAUCAGGACCCUCCUGUGGGUGAAUCACUGUGUGUGUGUGUUUGAGAGAGUGUGUCGCCAGGUUAACUCAUGGAACAUCUGCAGAACAACAUAAACUGGUGAUGAAGCCUUGAGCAGAUGUUGCUAUGCUCCAAAUCUUCCCCUCGCUUUUUCUCUUUUUUUUUAUUAUUUGAGCAGUGCAUUGUAUGAAUAUCAUUUUAGUAUUUAGCAUUUGUAAAUAUUUUAAACACUGACCUGCAUUGAGUUUUCAUGAGGCGCUGAAAGGUUUCUGAACUUGCACAGACCGUAGACCUCCACUUCCUUGUAACCGGACAAACUGCAGCAGCUGAAGAUCUCUGGUAGCUGCCUUUAGUGAGCCAUCUUCAGAACGCAUCUGUAAUCUAGACUUGGCGUAGAGAAGCGACGCCUGUAGGUGUGUUGAGCUUUCUGCUGCUGUUGCUGCUACACCGAUUCUGCAUUUUUCCAACAGAUACUCGCCGUUCGUCCUGCUCCUCCGUAAUACUCCUGUGGAAGAAAGGUCAAGCUGGACUGAGAUGCUUUCCAGCUGCUCUUACUUAUUAUGAUUGGUUGCAUUUUACUCCAAAAAUAUGUUAUGAGAUGAAGUAUCCUGCGUUAGCCAACCCCCAUAUAUUGAGCUAUUUCCUGCAGUAAAUAUGUGUUAGAAAGGAAGUUCUACACUGCCAGUCUUCUCUUCAGUGCUCUUCAUAUCCAUCUGAAGCUUCAUAUUCAAGCCGUUUUGAGAUUAGGAGCUAAAGAUGCACCAAUCAGAAUUUUGUGGCUGAUUUGUGAUUUUGAGUUUGACCUGCUGAGACUGAUGUUGGCUGAUUUUGAUUUCUUAAAGAGCUGUGAUAUAAAAAGGUUCAACAUAUUUCUUUCUCUCCAUCCUGACGUGAGCAAACACCUAUUUACAUUCAGAGCAGACGUGAUGUCACACUGUGUGGGAGAGCAGACGGUGUAAAACAGGGUUUUACUCAUUUUAAACGGAGAAUAAAUGAUCCACGCAGCUGACGUUUUAAACUGUCUUUAGCAUUUAUAUUAGCUGUUAGCACGAUUAGCACGGCUAGCUUCACUAAAUCUGUGCCCUCUAUGUAUUCUCUAGAGACUGUAGAUCCUAAACUAAACACAGAAGCCUAACAAUAUUUACAAAUCUAGCAUGUUACAUUAGAGGAUGAAAGCUCAAACCAAACUUUGCUGCACUCAUUCAGCCUUCCUGUUAUCUGCUUUAAGUCUUGCUCUCUGUCACAAGUUUGAACCAACAGACCUGUGCUCCCUCUGACUUCAUGCUUAAACACCUGACACUGAAAAGGAUAAGUGCAUGUAGUUCUUACGUAUGAUGCGUUCACUGACCAAGAUCUAAUUUCUUUUUAUUUCCCAUCAGCAAAUGAUUUGUGCAGAGUGAGCUGAAAAAUCAGCAUCCGAUUUCUCCGUACGUCCCUUUUUUUUUCUCUUGCAGACACCGGCUGCUUCGUCGGUCGUUGAAAUCACCUCGGCCUUAACUCGACAUCUGAAACCAGUCGCCUUUUUUUCAUCGGCCCCUUCCACGUUAACACAUUGCUUCACAAAUGUCCAUUACUUUUUGCUCGCCGUCUCACAUCCGCAUCAGCUCGAAGCGUUUUUUUUUUUAACCCACACUAGAGCCAGAAUGUAUACUGAACUGAAUGAACAAAGACCACAUGUAUGUGAAGGAUGCCUUUUGGAUUACUAACUUACCCUUUAUUUUCCGGCCCUCUCUUGCUUUCUGGUAACAGGUUCGUUGCCUUUGAUGCUGGCUGUAUGAAUUUCUGGGAAAAUGCUUGUGUGUGUGUGAACCUCUGGGAUUCAAAGCAGGGAAAUGGGGAGGUGGGUGGGUGGGGGGAAUCACCUGAACACAGUGGGGUGAGUCGACCUAAAGACGCUUUCAGCUUGUAGGUUCAAGAUACACUGAAAUUAUAUUGUGGCAGGACAAUCCUGGAGUGCUCUGUUCGUUUUAUUGUAGACAACAUCCUCACACCUGUUGCUGCCUUUACGAGCCUCUCCGUGCUUCGGCUUCAACGGGCCGCCUCGCUUUUUAGGACGACCCACCCCAUCUUGACCGAGUGAGAUGUGAUUUGCUUCUAUAGGCUUAUACAAUAUUGUACAGAAGAGUUCACUCUGUGAGUGCACAUUUGAUAAAGUUUAUUUAUUUAUAUGUAAGCAUUUAAUAAUGAACAGACUAUAUUUAAAGCCUUGGCAAGACCCGAGAAGUCGGGUGUUCAGUUAGACACUAGGUUGCGAAGUCUUGUCAGGGAGGGAAUAUUUUUUUAAAAAAAGGAUUAUUCUGUUUUUCUUUUUGUUUUUUGUAAAGGUAAUUCAGAUGUUCUUGCAUGACGAUGUAUGGGGGUUUCCAGGUUUGGCUGCACUUGAGUUCACUUGGGUUUACAUUUGAAUUGUGCAUGUGUAUUUAUACACAAUCUACAAUAAAGUCGUGUAAAGCUU